AUGGGAAAACCAAACUAUAGUGUGGAGGUAGGAUCUCCUGCAAACGCGAAUGAAACGGCUCCGCGCCGGAACUACAAGGCCGCCAAAGCUCCAUGGACUCACCCUCCAGGAAAGCCCCAUAUCAAGACUAUCUACGACUUUUUCGAGGACGCAGUGAAGGAGUUCGGUCCGCGCCGAUAUAUGGGUACCCGAAAGCUCCUCAAGACCCACAAUGAGGAGAAGGAAGUUAAGAAGGUUGUGAACGGCGAAGAGACGACUGUCACCAAGACGUGGCAAUACUUUGAAAUGGGCCCCUAUGAAUGGAACACUUAUGAGCAAGCUUUUGAGACUGCCUCGCAUAUAUCCUCUGGUCUUGUCAAGCUCGGCGUCAAGCCUGGCCGUGAGCGAUUCCACCUGUACCUUGCGUCUUGUGCCGACUGGCUGUUGACAUUCCUGGCUUUGUCCCGCCAGAAUAUCACUGCGGUCACUGCCUACGACACGUUGGGCAAUGCUGGUUUGCACAGCUCCAUCGAAGAAACGAGCACCGUUGGUAUUUUGGCUGAUCGGGGUCACUUCUGCACCCUGCUCAAAGUUCUCCCUUCCACUCCUUCCAUCCGCAUUGUUGUUUGGCGCGACACUGAGGGGCCUCUGGUCGGCAAGGAUCUAGAGGACUGCAAGAAACUUGAGGAGAUCCGCCAGGAUAUCAAGGUCUUGUCUCUUUCCGAACUCAUCAAGCUGGGUAAAGCAAACCCGGCUGAGCCUACUCGUCCUAAGGACCACGACAAGUGCUGUAUCAUGUAUACUUCGGGUUCCGUCGGAAAGCCCAAGGGUGUUAUUCUUCUGCAUUCUACUGUUGUUGCUGGUGUUAGUGGUGCUGUUGGCAACGUUUCCGCUAUCACUUCUAGCGACACUUUCUUGAAUAUUCUUCCUCUCGCACACAUUUUCGAGCUUACAGCUGAGUUGAUCUCUCUUUACAAUGGUUGCAGUUUGGGCUACGGUACUCCCAAAACCGUCAGUGAUGCUAACAUGCGCAACUGUAAAGGUGAUAUCCGCGAGCUGCGUCCCACUCUCAUGGCAGCUGUCCCGGCUGUUUUUGAGGCUAUCAAGAAGGGUAUCCUUGCCAACGUUCGUAAGCUAUCGCCUACAAUGCAGGGUGUUUUCUGGCGUUCAUACCGUUUGAAGGUGAAGAUGGAUUCAUGGGGUCUGCCCACGCCUAUUCUGAACGCUGUUGUGUUCCGUAAGAUCAAGGAAGCUACAGGUGGCCGUUUGCGUUUCAUUAUGGCCGGUGGUGCAGCUUUGUCCGCCGACACUCGUCUUUUCCUCAACACACUCGUUGCCCCUCUGGCAAUUGGCUACGGUUUGACUGAGACUAACGCUAUGGCGUGCCUGAUGGAUCUCAACCACAUUGAUCUUGACACUUCGGGUGAGCUUACUCCAGUUGUCACCGCCAAGCUGGUUACCGUAGAGGAUGCGGGGUAUUACGCAAAGAACCUACAGGGUGAGGUGUAUUUGCGAGGUCCGUGCAUUUCUCCCGGCUACUACAACAAUGAAGAGGAGACAAAGGAGGCGUUCACUUCUGAUGGGUGGUUCAAGACUGGUGAUAUCGCCGAGUGGACUGAUAGAGGUUGCCUACGACUGGUUGAUCGCCGCAAGAACCUCGUUAAGACCGCCAAUGGUGAGUACCUUGCCUUGGAGCGCCUGGAGUCUCUCUAUCGUUCUGACGAGUAUGUCCUUAACUUGUGUCUGUUCGCUGACGAUCAACACGUGCACCCCGUUGCUGUUGUUGUCCCGAACCCAGUCACCAUCAAGGAGCUUUGCGAGAAGAAGAAGCUCAAGUACGACGAGGACGUUGUCAACAACCCCAAGAUCUAUAAAGAGGUUCUCAAGUCCCUUCAGCAGACCGGUCGUGCGAACGACCUCAAGGGCUUUGAGCUGAUUGCCGGCAUCACAUUCGAUGAGGAGUGGACCCCCCAGAACGGCUUUGUGAGCAGUGCUCAGAAGGUCCAGCGCCGUAAGAUCAAGGAGCACAACCAGGAGGGUCUCGCAAAGGCAUUCGAGGACGCUUAA